AUGUUUACUGAUUCAAUAAAUGAAUUGAUAAAAUAUAUCGAAGAAUUAGGGAAUGAAUCAUUGGAUUGGAAUAAAAUCCGAAAACAAAAACGAAUUUCGAUCAUUUCACAAUCAUCAACUGAUACAACUACUAGUACUAAUACUACUACUAUCAGCAAACAAAAACAAAAUCGUUUCAGUGGCAAAAUGCAAGGUGCAAUUCAUGAUGCGAUGAAUGCCCUUCGGGAUAUACCAGCAACAUUAGCCAAUAUAACGCCUUCAUCAUCAGAAAAUAUUUUGGAUGAGUUUAAUGAUGUUAAUUCUGGAAAUCAAUCAAAUGAUGAAAGUGAAGUUGAAAUUAAAUUGGAAGAUGAGGAACCAAUGGAAGCUGUUUGGGAGAGGAUUGAAAUGCUAAAAAAAUGUUUCAGCGAUAUGCUUCGGAUGGUGAUGAAUAUGCUUUGUGAUGAAAUUUAUAGCGAUUUGUACAGUUGCUUCGAACAACUAUUGAGCAAACAAUGGAUGAAAGAUUCAAAUAUUAUUGGAACAAUCUGUGAAACAAUAAAAGAUUAUGAGAAUGAUUAUAAGCAUCUCAGGCAAGAUGUUCAUAUUCAAAUACUUCGAAAUAUCGAAUUUAAAAUUAUAGCUGAAUAUUUAAAUGCUAUUGUAAGCAGAAAAUUAACUUGCACAGAAUAUUGGAAACGUUGUGAUAUUGCCGAAUGUCUUCAAAAUGAUGUUAAAGCAUUGAAUGUAACAUUUAAUCCAUUAUUUGCACAAUUUAAUUAUAUUAAUAAGGCGAAAAAUUUAACAGAUUUGUUGUAUUCAGUUUCCGAAUUUGUAAAACUUCGUGAUAAGGCAAUGCUUUCAUUGGAAUUAGCAUCAUUAUUUCGUAAAUAUCCAGAAAUGACGCAAGAAUUUCUUUUCACUCUUACCGAUAUUCGCGAUGAUGUAACGAGCAGCGAAUCACGAGCGUUAGCAGAAGAUUGUAUGAAGAUGAUUGACACGAAAGAAAGCGACCCGGUAUUGAAACGAUUGUUCCAAAUUGCAAGAGGUGAGCGGAAAACGACACAAGUGAUCAAAGAUGUUGUUCCAAGAAUACGACGACGGGUCAAACUGUCCAUUGCUAAUCAAUAA